ACAUGAUAUUAGAGUUUACUCAUGUGUCAAGCUCGAGAGAGUCAUACCAGUGUCAAACCUGAGAUUAAAAAAAAUCAAUUUUUCGAAACCUAGUGGACUCUUUUGUAUUUUCGAGUAACUAAAGUGUCACCACAUAAAUUUUCACAUUUAUUUAUAGGAAAUGGCGCGAUAGUUUCUCUUUGAGCCCCAAACUGUAUUCGCCGGCGAUGGACUUCAAAUGCUCCGAUUUAGAACAGUGGAAGGAGGCCUUAUCUUCUUACGGGGCCAGUAUAGAGUCACUUAACAAGCCUAAUCUCGUCUCUCUCGAUGAUUUCUACCGGAAUGAGCUUCCCGGCGUUCUCCGGCAACGAAACCCUAGUUACAUCACAACUCCCGAACUCUCCAAGCUCAUGCAAUGGAAGCUUACAAGAGGCAAAUGGAGGCCUAGGUUGUUGGAUUUUGUAUCAUCACUGGACGAUGCUGUUGUGAGAUCUGCUUCGGAGAAGGCAUUUCAGUCUCUACCUGAUAUCUCAAAAGCUAUUUCGGCACUCACUGUCUUGAAAGGCGUUGGUCCAGCUACUGCCUCUGCUGUUCUGGCUGCUUAUGCACCGGAUACUGCACCUUUUAUGUCGGAUGAAGCAAUGGUUGCAGCAAUUGGUAACUCAAAAGACUAUACUUUGAAACAGUAUCUAGUUUUAGUGGACAAAUUGCAGGCAAAAUCCAAGACUUUGUUAAAUGCAUGCGAUGUUCAGAUGAAGCCGCUUGUUACUCUGCUGUUCAGUCACCAGGAUAUCAAAGAAUGCUAAAAAACCCUCCCCUCUCCUAUGUUUCAUGGCUCAUGGUCAUGCCUCAGACAUCCUUCCCUUUGGAUGAAGAAAACCAUAAAAGGAGGUCUGUCUAUGCUGGUGGGGGAAAGCAGUCAUUAUGAAUUUGUGAUCAUACGUUUGGCUUCAAUACAGAUAAAAAAAUGAUUCUCUGGCAAGUUGCCAGGUAAGAUUUGCGUCGGACCUGAUGAGAUGGUGAAGAAUGAAGGAGGCAAUAUUUAUGUGAUGACCUGAAGUAAUUUUAUGGUGUUGUGGAGUUGAACUGAUUUUCGUAUGCUGAUUGAUUCCACAAGUUUCGAUAUCAAUAAUACUUUGAAGUAACAAUAUGUAUAACUAAGACCUGACUACCUAAGCCAUAAAUUUUAGGAAAGAUUUAGAGUUUGUAUAUUUUGAGAGAAAAUGUCUCGAGACUAAACAUAGGCUCUUUUAUACAAUGCUACGUAGCUUUUCCGUGAACCAAA